AUGGCCGCGACAGCCGUUGACACACGGCCACCUCCGCCGGCUAGAACUGGGGACACCUCCGGUCCAACUGCAGUGACCACUCUCCUUGGGUUAUUUGAAUUCACUCGUAUGCUCUUUGGACUGAGGAAUGUCACUCAAACCUUUCAGAGAUUCAUUGAUCAGGUUCUGCGCGGUCUCGACUUCGUCUACGCCUUCACUGAUGAUUUGCUGGUGGCUAGCUCUGGCGCUGCUGAACACGAGGUUCAUCUUCGACAACUCUCCGAACGACUCGACUCCUUCGACGUUGUAAUUAAUGCUGUUAAAUGUGAGUUUGGAGUCCCCAGUCUAAUCUUCCUGGGUCACAAAGUGAACUCUGAUGGGAUAAUGCCCGUCCCAGAAAGGGUUUCGGCCAUAUCAAUGCUCCGCGUCCCGACAACCAUCAACCAACUACGCCGUUUCUUUUGGAUGGUGAACUACUAUCACCGUUUUCUUCCCCAUGGUGCCACCAUACUGAGGCCACUCAACAGCCUGUUGACCCACUCUAAGAAGACACUGGUGAUGACUGAUGAGGCCGUUAAGUCCUUCAAUGACGUCAAGGCCGCACUUGCGCGCGCAAAACUGCUUGCCCACCCCCGCGCUGAUGCCCAACUAACUCUCAUGACAGACGCUUCCAGCGCUGCCGUUGGUGCAUCACUUCAGCAAACUGUUAGUGGUGUUCUACAGCCUCUGGCUUUCUUCUCAAAGAAGCUCAGACCAGCAGAGACCGGCUGCAGUGUCUUCGGCCGUGAACUUCUCGCCGUCUACUUAUCCAUCCGGUACUUCCGACAUUUCCUCGAGGGUCGCGAAUUAGUCGUUCUAACAGAUCACAAGCCACUCGUUUUUGCACUGAGGGCCUCUCCGAUUGAAACUCGCCCCGUGAAAUUCGUCAUCGAGAUUUCAUCUCACAGUUUUCCUGCGACAUCCAACAUGUCCAUGGUAAGGAAAAUGUGGUUGCUGAUACUCUCAAGAAUCGAGAUGGCUUCCGUCAUAACAGACGCCAUAGACUUGACGCUCAUGACUGAGGCUCAACGAUCGGAUGACGAACUCACAUCCUUGACUGCCACAGCAGCACAUAGCAGACAUCAGGAGGAAAUCGAACUUAGGCGAAAUAAGAGAAUUGGGCUAAUUUAUUCGGCUUCCGUUCAACGAUUCUGGCGCCAUCCAAGUCAUGGACGGAAGGCCUCCGAAUGA